UGCAUGAACCAAACAGCCCCUUAUUCUGUCUUACAAUUUUUUUUCACACGGAUUGAGUAUGUUGUUUAUAUUCUUUUGUAUACCUUUCUUCAGACUAGUAUGAUGGAUUCACAGCAAGCUACACAUACUGUAAGGUCUCAUGGACUAGUGGUGGCAAGGACUCACAUGCAUGAUUGGUUGAUUCUUUCACUACUAGUAGCAAUUUUUAUCAUUCUAAACCUUAUCCAUCCUUUCCAUCGUUUUGUUGGAAAAGACAUGAUGGACGAUCUCAAGUAUCCGAUGAAGGAUAGCACCAUCCCAUUUUGGACCGUUCCAUUAUAUGCAGUUUUCUUGCCAAUGGCUGUCUUUCUGGCCUUCUAUUUUCGUAGAAGAGAUGUUUAUGAUCUUCAUCAUGCCGUACUAGGGCUUUUGUUCUCUGUUUUUAUAACUGGGGUUUUAACACAAGUUAUAAAAGAUGCAGUUGGUCGACCUCGCCCAGACUUUUUCUGGCGUUGUUUUCCUGAUGGAAUAGAUCUAUAUGAUCGAUGGGGAGAUGUUUUAUGUCAUGGUGACAUCGAUGUCGUAAGACAAGGCUACAAGAGUUUCCCAAGUGGGCAUACGUCAUGGUCUUUCGCUGGUCUGGGUUUUUUGUCUCUCUAUUUAUCUGGAAAAAUAAAAGCAUUUGAUCGUCAAGGCCAUGCUGCAAAGCUGUGUGUGGUUUUUCUGCCGUUACUUGUUGCAUCUCUUGCUGCUAUUUCUAGAGUGGAUAACUAUCGGCACCACUGGGAGGAUGUAUUUGCUGGAGCUCUUAUAGGUAUCACCGUGACUAUUUUUUGCUACUUGCAGUUUUUUGCACCCCCAUAUCAUAGUGAAGGUUGGGGACCUUAUGCAUUUUUCCGGGCUUUAGAGGAGUCGUGUGCAAACACUAGCCGAGUUUCUGGACCUCCUGCGACCAACAACACAAUGGGUGAGGUAGAAAUUCAGCAACACGAGAGGAACAACAAUUCGGCAGACGAUCUUGAAUCUGGUACUAGGUUUUAAUUAGUCAUGUAAUGUUUAUUAGUAAUGCUAGAAAAGUAGGUUGAUUUGUUUAUAUGUUUUGUAAUCUUGUAAUCUAUGUGUAUCUUGUUCAAAACCCAAGUGUAUAGAAUGCAGAUUAUUUUUUGU